AUUUGGUUGUGCAUGUAUCUACCUCCGUUUCAAUAGAAUACAAUUAUUUCCGUUUCAACACGCUAAUAAUAAAACAAAUAAGUAAUUAUUGAACACACAUUCCCUGAGAGCAAAAGUAAUGUAUCUAAUGAUAACGGACAUAAGUUCAUCGAAAAAUACAGUCUCAAUCAAUCCCUCGAGAUCCAACGGUAGAAAGUAUGUUCAGCUUUUACCUAUAUCCAAAAAAUUUUAAACAACAUUCUGAAUCGUUAAAAAGCUGGGAGCUUUCUUCUGUAAAAAGAGAAUGACUGCGACCUUUCAGUAGCUUGGAAAAGUCAGAGGAAUAUCUCCCGCGGCGCCAACCGAAACGGAGCUCAACCUCCGCCAACGGCCGCCGUGCUACGCCACUAGCUUCCCGUUCCCGUCACAUGCCAGCAAAUGCUCCGUACGUAGAUAGAUAUACCCCACCACCUCCCCCGCCACAUAUAUAUUCGUACACUCUUGUACUUUUAUUCCUUUUUGCUCUAGAGAGAGAAACAUUCUGUGAGAUAAACCAUCCCUCGUAAACGGAAAGGAACGUUUUCACGGGUAUUCUCUCUCCCCUUUUACCGAGAGAGAGAGAGUGGAUCCGAAGCAAGGUUAGCUUCUCGAGAGAGAGAGAGGAGAGAGAGAAGAGAGCGUUUAUAUUGAUCAGCUCUAUUGUGUGAAUGUGAAUGAGGAGGCUUCUCUGUAAGGUAGACCGCCGCGAAGAACUGAAAUACAUUGAUUAUUGCCGAUUUUCGGAUCAUGUAGAAUUGCAGAAUGAAAUGCCUGGAUGUUUAUUUAAUGCUAUUUAAGUAUUGUGUUAAUGUAUAUCUAUGUGACCGAGCAUUGAAUUUGUAGCAGAAUGGCAGAGAUUGUUUUAGCUCCGGAAGAGGAUAGGGACAAAAGGUCCGAUUUUGAGGUCACUGAGGACGAGAAAAGAAGAACGAGGAUCAGAUCUUUGAAGAAGAAGGCGAUGAGUGCUUCCACUAAACUAACGCACACUCUCAGAAAACGCAGCAAGCGCGUCGCUCAUUGUCGAUUCGCAUCCAUUUCAACGGAAGAUUUUCGGGAUGAGAAGGAAGAGGAGGCGGUUAAUACAUUUCGUAGGGUCUUGAUUGAAAAGGAUCUCCUCCCCCCUCGCCAUGAUGACUAUCAUACCAUGCUCAGAUUUUUAAAAGCAAGGAAGUUUGAUCUUGACAAGACAGUCCAAAUGUGGGCUGAAAUGCUCAACUGGAGAAAAGAGAAUGGAGUGGAUACUAUUUUACAGGAUUUUAACUACGACGAAUUCCAAGAAGUUCAGCGUUACUACCCUCAUGGUUACCAUGGCGUAGAUAAAGGGGGACGGCCUGUUUAUAUUGAAAGACUUGGCAAAGUUGAUCCGAGUAGGCUUAUGAGUGUCACUACAGUAGACCGGUUCUUGAAGUAUCAUAUUCAAGGGUUUGAAAAGACCUUCUCUCAAAAGUUUCCAGCAUGUUCAAUUGCAGCAAAGAGGCAUAUAGAUUCUUCAACCACAAUCCUUGAUGUCCAUGGGAUGAACUGGAGAAGUUUUGGCAAGCUUGCACAUGAUCUAGUCAUGCGCAUACAAAAAAUAGACGGUGACAACUAUCCCGAGACAUUGCACCAGAUGUUCAUUGUUAAUGCUGGAAGUGGAUUUAGACUGAUAUGGAACACAGUAAAAGGCUUUCUUGAUCCACGGACGACAGCAAAGAUACAUGUCUUAGGAAGCAAAUUCCAGAGCAAAUUACUGGAAAUCAUAGACCCUAACCAAUUGCCAGAUUUUCUAGGAGGAAACUGUGUGUGCCCAAAUGAGGGCGGGUGUAUGAGAUCUGAUAAAGGACCUUGGGAUGAUCCAGAGUUGAUGAAGUUGGUUUCUGCUUUACAUGGGGAAACCACUUAUAGAAAGCUUGGAAGUUUUUCUGACAGUGAAGAUAUAGAAAUCAAGCCACUUUCUUUAUCUUUACCAAAUAGAGAGACUGGUUAUGCUGAACCAGGGGCAGAUGUGGGGUUUUACGCUUACAGUGGCAAGAAACCAAUUCAAUUUUGGACUAAUGAAGAAACAGAAAGGUGUACUGAUUCUCUUAGCAAGAUAGAUGAACAACCAGAUAAUGGGAGUAUAGUUGAAAAUUAUAACUCGUCAAGUUCUACAUAUGGAACUUCACGAGUUGAAAGGAAAUCGAUGUUUAGAUUUUUUAUCGACAUCCUAAUUAAGUUACUAGGAUGGAUAUACAUUUCUCAGCAUCGAAUUAGUGGAGUAUGUGUAAAGAAAAAAUUAGACAGGUCAAAUACAGAUCAAGAGCAAAACUCAACCUCCCCUCCAAAAGGGGACCUCCUUCAUCCCUGUUGCCAGAGGCUGCAAAAUUUGGAAAAGGCAGUUUCUGAGCUGUUAAAAAAACCCACGGAGAUUCCUCCUGAGAAGAACCAUAUGCUGCUAGAUUCAUUGGACCGCAUCAAGUCAAUUGAAUAUGAUUUGCAGAAGACAAAGAAAGCAUUGUUUGCAACAGCAUCACAACAAGUAGAGCUGGCUGAGUCCCUAGAAUUAUUGAAGGAGGAGAGUUUCAAUAAAGGAUCACUGUCUUGCUGGCUGCGAACAAAGUCGUCUUCUCCUCGCAUUUGACCCUGAGGAUCAACUUUAUGCACUAUGAAAUUGACAUAGAUGGCAGCACGGAUUGGACAUAAACUGAUUUCACGUCUCGCUCGACUUAGAUAUGUGUAUAAACAAUGUGAGAGUGAGGACAAUUUGAUCAUUGUACAUAUUGCGGCAUCAUCAUUUAGCAUUGAGUUAUUUUCAAUUAUUAGCACUUUGAUGAACUCACGGAUAAUAUCAUGUCAAUUGAUUCGCACAAAAUUAAUCUGGGAGUUAGAAGCUACGUGGUGGGUAAAAAGCAUUAUAGUGUGUUGGCUCAAGUCCUGGAGAUGUGCAUGGAUUAUAAGAAAAGGCACUUGGAGUUGCGAAAUGAACUUGUUGGUAUCAAUUUUGUGGUUUUAGGGCAGUGAUAAAAGAUGUCAUCUCCUUUUUAAAUUUUAUCACAAAUGGAUAAUUUUUCAGAAGCCC